GCCGGAGAUCACUCUCCCCGCGUCCGGACCGUCGGUGAUGAAACCUCAAUUACAUGUCGCAUGCGGAUUUCCUUGGUUACAUUUGUGCGACGGAUAUAUCGCUUUCAGCGUCCGGUGUGGAAGGCGAAGCCCCGCUGAAUCGCCCAUCCGGAUUCCUGAUACACCUACUCGUGGUUGGACCACCUUCCUCUGCUAGUGCACUUGCAAAGUUAUUCAUCAAACUGACCCCGAUGCCCGACAGCUAUCAUUUCGAAGCAAGCCGGCUAACGGAGCAAUAGCUGGCAUGCUGCGAAUGGGUAUUUCCAGCGCGCCAUCGAGGAAACUGGGCACCGGUGUCCCUUCCCCUUAUGGUAGGGCGCAUGCAAGGUGUUCGAAGGUCGCUCCCUCAUUUCUGGAGCCCCACCUGCCACUCCCACUCUCUCUCGGUCGAUAACGAAGCUAGCGGAGAUCCAAUUUUUAGGUUUGGAUCGGGGAGCGCCUUCGUAGAUACAGAGGGCCCAGAUCACGGUGGCAUUCCCGACAUCCCAUCCCUGGUUCAUCGCAUGAGACGUUGCUCGUUGCGGUGGAUGUGAAUCGUUUCGGGCGAGUGCCUCAGUUUUUGGAUCGGCACAUUGUUUCAUAUCCGCCUCCGUAUAAAAUCUGCCCACAUGGGUUCUACGUCUGUGGAGAAACUGCUAGAGAAUGGUGUGGGAGUUCACUUUUCUGGACUUCAUGUGGAUGAUCUAGAACCAAGAAAUUCCGAGGAGCCACUGGCAACUUCUACAACAGAGAAUGGCUACGGAGAACCCUUCAUAAUAGGUGUUACUGGCGGAGCAUCUGCCGGAAAGACUGCUGUCUGUGAUAUGAUCAUCGAGCAACUUCAUGAUCAACGAGUUGUUGUUGUCAAUCAGGAAUCUUUUUAUUAUGAUUUGACAGAAGAGAAGCUGAAUCAUGUACAUGAAUAUAACUUUGACCAUCCAGAUGCUUUUGACACUGAAAACUUGCUUUGCUGCAUGGAGAAGUUGAGGCAUGGGCAGGCUGUUGAUAUCCCAAAUUAUGAUUUCAGAACUAACAAGAGCAAAUUGCCACCACGAAAGGUCAAUUCUUCAGAUGUAAUAAUCUUGGAAGGGAUUUUAAUAUUCUAUGAUAUACGUAUUCGAGAAUUGAUGAACAUGAAGAUCUUCGUUGAUACAGAUGCUGAUGUACGGUUGGCAAGGAGGAUAAGACGUGAUACUGUUGAGAAGGGCAGAGAUCUCAAGACAGUACUCGAUCAGUACUCUAAAUUUAUAAAGCCUGCUUUUGAUGACUUCAUACUCCCAACAAAGAAGUACGCGGAUAUCAUUAUACCCCGUGGUGGAGAUAAUCAUGUGGCAAUCAACUUAAUUGUGCAACAUAUUCACACAAAACUUGGACAACAGAGUCUCUGUAAAAUAUAUCCAAAUCUUUAUGUCAUCCAGUCAACUUUCCAGAUACGUGGCAUGCAUACGCUCAUACGUGAUAAUGAAACAACAAAACAUGAUUUCAUAUUUUAUUCUGAUCGAUUGAUUCGCUUGGUUGUUGAACAUGGUUUAGGUCACCUUCCAUUUAAAGAAAAGCAAGUGAUCACACCAACAGGAUCUAUUUAUACUGGGGUAGAAUUCUGUAAAAGGUUAUGUGGCAUUUCCAUCAUCAGAAGUGGUGAAAGUAUGGAGAAUGCUCUGCGGGCAUGUUGUAAAGGCAUUAAGAUUGGGAAGAUCCUUAUACAUAGGGAAGGUGAUAAUGGCCAGCAGUUAGUUUAUCACAAUCUUCCGAACGACAUUGCGAAUAGGAAUGUUCUGCUUUUGGAUCCUAUACUAGGCACAGGGAACGCUGCUGUUCAAGCUAUUUCCUUGCUCUUGCAGAAGGGAGCACAAGAAAGUAAUAUAAUAUUUCUCAAUCUCAUUUCUGCUCCUCAAGGAGUGCAUGUUGUUUGUAAAAGAUUCCCAAGAAUCAAGAUUGUGACUUCUGAGAUAGAGUCUGGUCUAUAUGAAGAUUUUCGUGUGUUUCCUGGGAUGGGAGAGUUCGGAGAUAGGUAUUUUGGAACAGAUGAUGAUUAGGCGACAUUCUUCUCAGCAUAACUCUUGAGGAGGCUCAUGCUGAACCCAAUAUUGAUAAUAUUUUUCGUGCUAGCGAACACCGGGGGAAACAUCCACACUACAUUGGCGGCAAAAUUUUUGGUACUUGUGAUUUUUUUUUUUUUUUCUAAUUUCUGUUUCUUACUUAUGCCUAUGCAAAUAAAUAUUCUUUAUAUUGAGAAAAAAAAAAAAGUAACAUUAUUUCAUGCUUCAAAUAUCUAU